AAGUACUACAGUUCAAUACAACCGUCAGGAAACAGUAGCUGAAUAUAAGUAAUUGCCAUUAGUUCCUACUCGCGGGUGUACAUUUUAAUUCGUCUUAAUAAUUGUAUGCUUUGUAUAAAAGCUGUAAUAGUAGUGUCGAUUGAAGUUUAAGGAAUGUCCACGGGUUUCAGUUUUGGCUCUUCUGGGAUUACAACUGGAGUUGGAGGAUUUGCAUUUGGAAGUUCAAACAGUAAUGCUGGAUCUACAGGUGGGUCAAUUUUUGGAGGCAUUAGUGGUACUCCUUCUACACCAGCCACACCGGCUGCAACUACUUCAUCAGCUUCUAUGGGCCUAGGUGGAGGACUGUUUGGACAGAAGCCAACUGGAUUUACUUUUGGAGGCACUAGCACAGGACCUGUCACAACUGCAUCAGCUUUUAGUCUGUCAUUCAACAAACCAGCUGCAUCGGCCACAUUGUUUACAUUGCCGGUCACCUCCACUUCAAGUGGGGGUUUGCCUCCAUCCUCCACUGUUGCAUCUGUUCCUGCAACAGCAGGUUUGUGGCAAGGUUCUGCAGGACUAACUUUGGGAGCAGGCACUGCUUCUGCAGUAUCUUCCAGUGAAGGGCUUGGUGGAAUCGAUUUCAGCAGUUCAACAGACAAAAAGAAUAAAAACCUGGGAACCACAACAGAGUAA